AUGUCAGGAAAGAUCCACGGAGGAAAAGGUAAAGGAGGUGCCAAAGAACAUGUGCUCAGAUUUCAGUCCCACUCUGCCAGGGCCGGUUUGCAGUUUCCUGUGGGAAGAAUCAAGAGGUACAUGAAGAGCUCUGUGCAAAACAAAAUUCGAGUCGGUUCCAAAGCCGCCAUCUAUCUUGCUGCUGUGUUAGAAUAUUUAACUGCCGAGGUGUUGGAGUUGGCAGGUAACGCAGCAAAGGACUUAAAGGUGAAAAGAAUCACUCCAAGACAUCUCCAGUUGGCCAUCAGAGGUGAUGAGGAAUUGGAUGCUCUUAUCAAAGCCACCAUUGCAUUUGGUGGUGUUCUACCUCACAUCAAUAAGGCUCUUUUGUUAAAGGUGGAAAAAUCCAAGAGACGCUGA